GCUGCCUUCGACGAGUUCGACUAUGAAAUCCGAACAGAAACAGAGCUACAAAGAAGAGGUCGUAUAGAGAGAGAAAGCCAAUUCCUUGUCUUCCUCUCGUGAAAAUCUCUGUUAUUUCAUAAUAAGAAGAAAAUAGUUGAACAAAGCAACAAAAUCGAAGUUGGAUUUUUCUCUCUCUACAACCUGAGAAAGAAGGGGAAGCUGAAGCUCUUUGUUUUCUCUCCUGCUUUUCAGCUUCCUGCUGAUAUCAUCAGUUUUUUUUCAGGUUCUGAUCCGCGGAAAAAUUUUGGCCAAGCUUAAAUCUGAAAGCUUCUCCAAUUGUCAAUCAACUUCAUUAGUAAAGUUCAAAUGUAUUCAGUUCAGAAUGCUGUGGCCAACAGUGAAAUCCAGGAAGAACCACAGAGAAUUAGCACUGGAAUGAAGCUAAGAGAUUACAUACCUAUCUACAUUCCAGCAAUUGAAAGUGGGCUGUUAAAUCAGAGCAGACAUGAGAAGAAAAAACGCUUUCUUGAUUUCUUGAAAGCCAGACCAUCCAAUGAAUGGUUCCUGAAAAUUCUCCGGCGAAAUUCCAGUCCUUAUAUUGAGUCCUCCUCACCACCUUCCGAUCCCGCAACAGACCAUGGCCGUCGGCGCCGUUUUCGCGUUCCUUUCGUCCGCAAAAUAAACUGGAAAUCUCUAUGGAACUCUUUCAAGAAAUGGAUUAGAAGUCCUGAGCACAUUGCACUCUUUAUCUGGUUACUCUUUGUUGCAGCAGGCUUAAUCUUACUCUUUCUUGUCAUGACUGGCAUAUUAAAUGGAGCAAUUCCGAGCAGUAGCCGGAGGAAGGAUUGGACCGAAGUCAUAAACCAAAUCCUCAAUGCAUUGUUCACUAUAAUGGCUCUUUAUGAACAUCCAAAGUUCAUUCACCAGUUAGUCUUGCUCUUGAGAUGGAGACCUGAUGAUCAAAUUGAGCUAAGGAAAAUCUAUACUAAGAAUGGAGUGCCAAAGCAUCAUGAAAGAGCACAUAUGAUGAUUGUUGUCAUACUUCUUCAUAUCACUUGUUUUGCUCAGUAUGCAUAUUGUGGACUCUACUGGGGCUACACCAGAUCAACCCGGCCAGACUGGGCCGAAGACCUAGUGAUUGCUAUUGGUAUAGCUGCACCAGUCAUAGCAGUAAUAUACACAAUGUACAGCCCUUUAGGAAGAACAAAUGAUGAACCAGUCGCUGAUUCAGAGCUCCAGAAUCAGCAGACAGUGCAAGUUGAGCCUGAGGCAUUUCAUGAAAAAAUCAUAAUCACAAGCCCGGAAUGGAUUGGAGGACUAUUUGAUUGCAGGGAUGAUACUACUGUCAGUUGCCUCUCCUUCUUCUGCACUUUCUGUGUAUUUGGAUGGAAUAUGGAGAGACUUGGCUUUGGUAACAUGUAUGUUCACAUAAUCACAUUCACACUCCUUUGCAUUGCUCCUUUCUGGGUUUUCGCAAUUUCAGCGCUCAAUGUCGAUGAUGAUACUAUAAAAUUGAUUUUGGUAAUCACUGGAAGUGUGCUUUGCAUCUUUGGAUUACUUUAUGGUGGGUUUUGGAGAUCAGAGAUGAGGAAGAAGUUUAAGCUUCCAGGAAAUCCAUUCUGCUUUAGUUCUUCUACAGUUACUGAUUAUAUGCAGUGGUUAUUUUGCUGGUCAUGUUCUUUGGCACAGGAGGUAAGGACCGCUAACUUCUACGACAUUGAGGACGAUGGAUUUUACCGGAAGGUUACAGAUGAAGAUGGGAGGCCUGUGUUGGUUCCAUUGCCAAGAGAAGAUAAUCUUAGUUUCAUGGAGAAUUAUAUGAGAAGCCAAUCUUCUCCAGCAAAUGUGGGGAUAAUGGAUGUGCAGAGGUAUUCAGAUGGCAUUUCAGCUGAUUUACAGAUUAGCUUUGGAAGAGCAUUAACUUGCCCUAAAGAUGCUGUAACUACCCCACCUAUUCCACAUCUAAUACAAGUAGAAGAGAAUUGGCCAUGGAGAACGAUAGAGCUUUGAGGUGAAAAACAAGUUAUUAUGGUACAUAGAAGAAGAAACAUUGAAGUAUGAUAUUCAGAGACAGACCGAAAGUUGGUGACAAUCUUCUUUUUUCUUUUAUUCUUCUUCGUUUCUAUUUAUUUAUUGAGGAAAAAAGGGAUUAUAGUAUGAGUAAGAUUGAAGGAAAUAUUGGAGUUCUUACAUCAAGGUUAGCUCCAUAAGGUAGUAUUCAUUAGUAUGUAGAUAGCUUUUGUAUUUGUAGUUUUGUUCAUAAUGAAUAAAAAGUAGAGUGCAGAAUUUUUUUCUAGAACUCAGCAAUGGUGAUUGUAUUUAAGAAAAUUGGAAGAACUUAUGGCUUGAUAA